CUCUCAUAAAUAAAAUUCUCCACAAUUUUUAAGUUUGGCAUGUCAUCACUCUGUAUGUCUCUGUCACCUUGAGGAAUAAAACAGAUAACGAAGAAGUUGUUUAUGAAUUUCACAGCUUCAUCAUGCAAAUACCAAAACAUUUGUGGAAGAUUCUCAGUUCUUUGCAUGCUUGUCUCCCUGUGAUAUCUGUAGUCCUUCCAGAAACCUGUAGACUCUUUUCUACUGAUGCCUGCAAAAAAGUCAGCCAAAGAACCUGCCUGCCAGCUGAGUUUCUUCAGAAAAUUCCUGGAUGCCUUUCUUGUCCAGCUCUGCAUUUCUAGAGGUUCCAGAAUUGCCAUCAUAAACUACUUCAGUCUCAGCUGAUGAGAAUCUUUUCUGAACUGUUUGUUGCGGAACAACAAAACAAUGAAGUGUGGCAGUUUUUUAGGAAAAAUGUUAGAUCGUUGGAAUAGCUAAUUCUAAAGAUCUACAAACACUGUGAAAGUUUCCAGUUUGUGGAAACAAGUAGUUGCAGGCAUUACCUACUCCCAUCCAGAGAAAUCUGCCAUGUGAAAGGAGUGGACCAAUUCCCAUACAGUAUCCAGGCCCUAAGAAAUGGGAUAAGAAAAGUAUGAUCUUAGCAAUAUUCAGUGACAAGAAUAUGUCUCUGCGCACCACCCUUUUCAAAGGACCAUUUUACCUUACAGUCAAAGUCUGCAUUGGACACUUUACAUAAAAUUGCCUUCUGAAGUUCUGUCCUGGAAGAAUUUGUAUCUGCACUGUUAAAACCUCAUUUAAUAUCCAUGGAAGCCUACAGUCUAUGCAAUGUGCAUGCCACACAUUACGCUCAAUGUUUCUUUGUGCAAACUCAAACUACUGCUUUCAGAUUGCUUGCUUUUGAAGGGAUAAUGGCUGGAUAUCAGAAAGAAGAAAUGAUCUAGAAAAAAUGCAUAUAGUUUAUUCAUUUGUGACUUUAACAAAUCCUUUGAGCGAUCUUGGAUGAAUUUGUGCUAAAGUGUCAUACUAACAUCUACAAAAGUCAACAUCCUUUUGCUGUCCGAGUGAUGGUGGAUUUAUGUAACAGCACAAAAGGGAUAUGCUUAACAGGUCCCCCAGGUCCCCCAGGGCCUCCUGGACUGGAUGGAUUGCCUGGCUACAAUGGAUCAGAUGGAGUUCCAGGUAUACCAGGACAAAAGGGUGAACCAGGUUUAAAUGGAAGAAGAGGAAAAAUAGGUGUCCCAGGACCAAAAGGUGAUCAAGGAGCAAAAGGAGAACCCGGAGAAAUGGGUUUACCUGGCAAGGAUGGUAUGCCAGGAGGAAAAGGUGCAAGAGGAGCAAAGGGUGAAAAAGGGGAUGCAAACAACAAUGUGAUAUUAGAAGGCGCAAAGGGUGAGCCAGGACCGCCAGGGCCCCCUGGACCACCUGGGCCCCCAGGGCCCCCAGGAAAACGUAAAGGUAAAGCACACCUUCCGGAGAACAUAUACAGCAGCAAAUGCACAGGUGAGACAUGUGCUGUACCAAAUGAUGACACUUUGGCUGGAAAAGCUGAAGACAGAACCAGUGAUCAUUCAAAAAAAGCUGAAUGUGUCAUAACAUCUGUAGGAAGUCCUGUUCACCUUGUCAGUGUACAGCAAACAUUUGGAACUUGGAUGCGGGAACCUGCAAAUAUAAGUGAUGAAAGGAUUUGGCUUACCAUGCAUUUUUCAGGAAACUCUAUAAAAGAAUAUGAGAAUUCCAAUGCAUUGCUGAAUGACAGCUACAGGAUCAUUAACAUCACAGGGUUCUUUUAUGGAUGUGGUCAUGCAGUACAAAACAAUCAUCUGUACUACCAAAAGGGAGGAACCAAUGUCAUUCUGAAACUUGGGCUUGAUAGAGCAUCAUCGGGCACACUGAUAAUUGAAAAUGCCUUAUAUCACGGUCGUAACUACCUCUUUUCUAACUCGAAGACAUAUUUCAAUGUAGCAGUGGAUGAAAAGGGUCUUUGGAUUAUAUAUGCCUCAAGUACUGAUGAAAAUAUAAUAGUAGCACAUGUUGAUGAAGAAACAUUUUCAGUCGUUCGGCAUAUCAACACUACAUAUCCUAAGUCCAAGGCUGGUAACGCAUUCAUAGCAUGUGGAGUUAUGUAUGUUACUGAUACUAAGGAUAUGACAGUAACUUUCGCUUUUGAUUUAUUGAAAGAGAAGCAGAUUGAUGCAAGCUUUGAGUUACGCUCUUCACAGUCUGUUCUUGCUAUGCUUUCAUACAGUUUAAGAGACAAGAACUUGUAUACAUGGGAGAAUGGGAGUUUAAUGGUAUACCCUGUACGUUUUGGCAGAUGAAUAUAUUAUAAAAUGGUGUGUCAUGGGAGCCCUGUUUGGCUAAAUAGAUUAUUUAAAGCUAUAUCAUAUACACAGCAGGUGGGUCUCUUCACUUCUCAGUAUACAUCUUCUGUUGGCUGAUGGUGGUUUGUAUGCAUGCAUAAAAGGGAGAUCAGACCCCUUUGUAUAAAUACACUUAAAAUUAUAUAGGCCAUUCUUGGCUUUUUAGAAGAAGAGCUGUCCAGUAUUGCAGCUGGCACCCAGCACAGUCUUGCUUUUGUUUUUCCUCUGUUAUUCAGCCUAUAAUUACAUUUAAUGUACACUGAUUAUUCCACAGUCAUGUGUUCAGCUGUGACUAUUUUUAACUCGCAGUUGCAAUUACCUUAUCUGCAAUCAUUUUCUAGUCAGUAAUUAUGGUUUAGUAUAAAUGUCUAAAUAAUGAAUUCUUGUGUACAAAUACAUUUCUCUGUCAUUUUCACUUAAUACUUUCCACUGACUCUCUGUGAACAUUUUUUGACAAUGGUAUACAGCUGUUAAAAAUAAUGGGGAUGGAAACAGUUGUUUAAAUAGGAAAAAAAAGCAGAAACUUGGAAUUGGUAAGUCUGGCCAAUUACAUGAUCAAAAGCAAAAUCCAGCCCAAGUACAAGGAAAAUGGGAAUGACAGCAUUAUUAAGUAUCAUUGAAGUAUGUGAAAUUGUGUUGAGUGAAGGGGGAAGGAAAGUAAUUGGAUUUAAAUUGAUGGAAGAUGUAAAAAUAUAAGAUUAAAACUCCAUUUUUAACAGUG